AUGUCUUCCAAGCGACCAGCCUCUCCGUAUGGGGAAGCAGAUGGAGAGGUAGCCAUGGUGACAAGCAGACAGAAAGUGGGAGAAGAGGAGAGUGACGGGCUCCCAGCCUUUCACCUUCCCUUGCAUGUGAGUUUUCCCAACAAGCCUCACUCUGAGGAAUUUCAGCCAGUUUCUCUGCUGACGCAAGAGAACUGUGGCCAUAGGACUCCCACUUCUCAGCACAACACAAUGGAAGUUGAUGGCAAUAAAGUGAUGUCUUCAUUUGCCCCGCACAACUCAUCUACCUCACCCUUGAAGGCAGAAGAAGGUGGGCGUCAGAGUGGAGAAUCAUUGUCCAGCACAGCCCUGGGAACCCCUGAAAGGCGCAAAGGGAGCCUAGCGGAUGUUGUAGACACCCUUAAGCAAAGAAAAAUGGAAGAGCUCAUCAAAAAUGAGCCAGAAGAAACUCCCAGUAUUGAAAAGCUACUAUCAAAGGACUGGAAAGACAAGCUUCUUGCCAUGGGAUCAGGGAACUUUGGAGAAAUAAAAGGGACUCCAGAAAGCCUUGCUGAGAAAGAAAGGCAGCUCAUGGGUAUGAUCAAUCAGCUGACCAGUUUGCGAGAACAGCUGCUAGCAGCUCAUGAUGAACAGAAGAAACUGGCUGCAUCACAGAUCGAGAAACAACGCCAACAAAUGGAACUGGCUAAGCAGCAACAAGAACAGAUUGCAAGACAACAGCAGCAGCUCCUGCAGCAGCAACACAAAAUUAACCUUCUUCAGCAACAGAUCCAGGUAUCUGGAACAUUUUCCCCAGAAAAAAUUCCACUUUUUACCCUAGCAGCAGCUGCACAGCAAGGAUUCCUUCUUCCUCCUGGUUUCAGCUACAAAGCGGGAUGCAGUGACCCUUACCCCGUUCAGCUGAUCCCAACUACCAUGGCAGCUGCUGCCGCAGCAACACCAGGCUUAGGCCCACUCCAACUGCAGCAGUUGUAUGCUGCCCAACUUGCUGCAAUGCAAGUGUCUCCGGGAGGCAAGAUACCUGGCAUACCCCAGGGUAACCUUGGUGCUGCUGUAUCCCCUACCAGCAUCCACACAGACAAGAGCACAAACAGCCCUCCACCCAAAAGCAAGGAUGAUGUGGCCCAGCCUCUGAACCUUUCAGCCAAACCCAAGACAUCUGAUGGCAAGUCUCCCACAUCACCCACCUCUCCUCAUAUGCCAACUCUGAGAAUAAAUAGUGGGGCCAGUGCACUAAAAUCCUCUGUGCCAGCAACAUUAGCUAGUCCUUCAGCCAGAGCUAACACAAUAGGUUAUUUAAAUGACCACGAUGCUGUUACCAAGGCAAUCCAGGAGGCCCGACAGAUGAAGGAGCAGCUUCGGAGGGAACAACAGGUGCUGGACGGGAAGGUGGCCGUAGUGAACAGCCUGGGUCUCAAUAACUGCAGGACAGAAAAGGACAAAACAACACUGGAGACCCUGACUCAGCAACUGGCAGUAAAACAGAGCGAAGACGGGAAGUUUAGCCACGCAAUGAUGGAUUUCAACAUGAGUGGAGAUUCUGACGGAAGUGCAGGAGUUUCAGAGUCUAGAAUUUAUCGGGAAUCCAGAGGGCGUGGUAGCAAUGAGCCCCAUAUCAAGCGCCCAAUGAAUGCAUUCAUGGUGUGGGCUAAAGAUGAACGGAGGAAGAUCCUUCAAGCCUUCCCUGACAUGCACAACUCCAAUAUCAGCAAGAUACUAGGAUCUCGCUGGAAAGCUAUGACAAACCUAGAGAAGCAGCCAUACUAUGAGGAGCAGGCCCGACUCAGCAAACAGCACCUGGAGAAAUACCCAGACUACAAAUACAAGCCAAGGCCGAAGCGUACCUGCCUUGUAGAUGGCAAGAAAUUACGCAUUGGCGAGUACAAGGCUAUCAUGCGCAACAGACGCCAGGAGAUGAGGCAGUAUUUUAAUGUUGGGCAACAAGCACAGAUUCCCAUUGCCACCGCGGGAGUAGUUUACCCAGGAGCCAUUGCCAUGGCAGGGAUGAUGUCCAGCAGCCCAGAGCCCGGGAUGCCCGUCAUCCAGAGCACUUAUGGCAUCAAAGGCGAGGAGCCUCAUAUCAAGGAAGAGAUGCAGACCGAUGACGUCAAUGGAGAAAUCUACGAUGAAUACGAUGAGGAAGAGGAUGACCCCGAUGCGGACUAUGGCAGUGACAGUGAAAAUCACAUUGCGGGGCAAGCCAACUGA